AUGGCUGCCAAUUAUUGGGCCUCGACCCAACGACGACAUUGGUUGUUCACCCGCGAGAAACUGGCAGAGAUCCGCGAAAGCUUCAGGGAGAAAGACAAAGCCGCCCAUUCGCAGUUCCCUUUGCCGGACCAACGGCUGCUUAACAUUUAUUUCAGUCAACAGUUAAUCAAGCUGGGCAAGAGAAUGUCCACGCGACAACAAGCGCUGGCGACAGCGCAAGUAUAUGUCAAGCGGUUCUACACCAAGAAUGAGAUCAGACAUACGAACCCUUACCUGGUCGUGACGACGGCCUUCUACCUCGCCUGUAAAAUGGAGGAAUGUCCUCAGCACAUUCGAUUUGUCGUCGGGGAGGCGCGAGGUCUCUGGCCGGAGUUCAUUGCUCCGGAUGUCUCAAAGCUGGGCGAGUGCGAGUUCUCCCUGAUCUCGGAGAUGAGCUCGCAACUCAUCGUCCAUCAUCCGUAUCGAACUUUAUCCGAACUUCAACCGGAGCUCUCACUGACGUCGGACGAGGUUGCACUCGCGUGGUCCGUGAUCAACGAUCACUACUUGACUGACCUGCCACUUCUAUACCCACCGCAUGUCAUUGCCGUCAUGGCCAUCAUAGUUGCCGUGGUAUUCAAGCCCAGCCAGACCAGUUUUCAUGGCUCCGCGGCACCCUUGGCUGGGGCGAUGCGAGAUGGCGGCUUGAACAUCCUUGCGGCAUUAAGUGAUAAGAACGGCAGUGGCCCUCCGGCCCGAAUCCAGAGGCUGGUCGCAUGGCUUGCGGAGAGUGAGAUCGAUAUCACAGCAGUCAUUGAGUGCACCCAAGAGCUGGUCUCACUGUACGAAAUCUGGGAGCAGUACAGCGAAAAGCAUUGCAAGGAACUCCUCGGUCGCAUGGUCAAAACCAAGAACCUCGAUAAGUGA